AUGUUCAUUUAUGUCCGCUGCUUACUCCGCAUGGCCACAUCAGGUGAACUAAAGUCACACUUAUCGCGUCUUCGGGCUGCAGGUCGAGCUGGGGAGAGCCAAAUUCGCCAGCGACGCGCUUUGCUUCGGGGGACGAGGCAGCGGCGACAUCAGCAGGUCAGAGAUGCCGGUUUGUCUUCUCGUCGUUCCACCUCCUCCACUGGGGCGGAUUGUUCCAGUAAACUCCGUGACAUGCUUCCGCGGAAUGACUUGCUGGAGAGCGCCAUUGCCUUGACCAUAAGUGAAAACCGUGAUGCGCGUACCGAGCUUGAAUUCAUGCGUCAUUUUAUGGUUGGUUCGCUCUUGUCGCUUGCGUCACCCGUUGGUAUUUGGGAUCCGUACGACGUACAACCACAGGUGUUUGCGUUAGAUAAGUACAUUGCACUUCCUGUGUUUACAUCGGUCGACUACCUGCGCCUGUUCUGCAGGCGCUUUCGAUUUACUGUACGCGACCCCAGCGGAGUGCUGUGGGCUGAUGGUCCCGCCGAAGCGGCAGAGGAGGAGCAGAACGGUGGGGCCGCCUGCACUUUGCCUCUUCCCGAUGUCAUGGCGAGCGAAUGGUGGGCUCGGCACGUUCGGCGCCAGUCGUCAAAUACGCUGUCUGGUGCAACCGAGAUGUGUGCGACUCGGAGAGGGCCGUUAUUGGCAGCGGCAGCUGUUCCUGUUGCCGAGGAGAUUACGGCUGUUAACGAGCACAACCAUCGUACUUGUUGUAUGGGAGCUGAUGAACUUUUUAACUAUUUGGAGUCCCAACCGGUGGAGACGGACGGGAAGGCACAAAAUAUGGGAAAGCGGCGCAAGAAAGGGAAAAAAGUAUGUAGGGUGGGUAUGCGCGGAAGAAAGGGAACGUUGGAGAGAAGGGAUGUUCCAGGGGGCGAAGAAGCCACAGGAAACCGUUGCCGUGAGAACGAGGAGGCGAUUGCAGCGUUUUGGGCGAAGGUGCGCAGCACGGCCCCCUUUCAGAUCAAGCAGGCAACACCACUUCCUACAUUUGGUCCUUUGCUCCACUCCUUCUUUGUUGGCUACUUUGCUGACACGGAAACUCUAUUGCAUAAUGCCUCUAUUGUUCCUGAGAAGGUGGACAUUGUCCUUAACCCAGCGUCUCCCAUUGAGUUUGUACUUGCGCGGGAGGCAACGGACCGUGUACUGCAGAAGGAUCAGCUUCUGCUGCUGGCUUAUCGCCGGGUGGAACGGGAACUCUGCGGAGAGUUCCACCGUUUUUUCUGCCUUUUCGCACCAGAAGUGUUGUGGGCCCGGAGUGCCUGCGUCCCGUCCCCCGUUCCCGGGACUGAUAAGGAAGUGGGGUAUGAGGUGGUCAUUUUAGUUCAAAGCGAGGACCCUGAAUUUACGCUUUCAUCGCUCCGCGCUGCGAAGGCGCGUUGUCUACUUAUGGGCCAUGCCGACUUGCAUAUAUUGCCCUGGGCUGCCGCUGCCCCACACGUUCAGGAGGCCUCCGUGGUAUUUUACGAGCGCGCCGCAUGCUCGAAGGGCGCCGGCUCCAGUAACCGCGGAGAGCUUGGAGUCUUUGAGCAACGGGGCCCUGUACAAACAAUCAACGUGGCUCGACCAGCCGACAACUUCUUCCAUGACCCAAGUGCCGCUUACACGGAAAGUCAUGCCGUAUUCACAGAGGAGUUGAAGGUGAGACGACGUAUGCUCUAG